AUGGGAUGUAUUUUUGGCAAACUUUGCCUUCCAUCAUUACCUGAUAAAUCUAUUAGAGAUUAUUGGCAUAUUGAUGGUGUUAUUCUUGAUGAUCAAAUUGAGGGCAAACUUUUACGAAGACCUUCGGGUAUUCUUUACGUGUACAAUGGAAAUUUAGAGUAUCGUAGUAGAUCAUGUAUAAGAAAUAGAAGAAAUACAAAUAUUACAUUAAAUAUAUGUAAUAUAUCAAGCAUUAAAAGUAGUAAUAAAUUUACUUCCUUAUCUAAUGGAAAAUGUAUCUGUGAUGUUGUUGUUGAGAUAAGUUUGAAAGAAGGUUCUGAAAAAUUGUCUCAUGUUGCUUUUAUAACUAAUAAAGCUGACACGAUAAGUAAUAUAUUACAUUCUAUUUGUGAGAAACACCGUCAAAAACCACGAAUAUUUCAAUUUAAUUCUAUAGAUGUUGAGGGUGUCGAAAUUGAAUGCCCCUAA